AUGGCGCCGGACGCAGCAUUUUCAAAUAUAAGCGACAAGAAUGAAUUCACUAAAUUCGCAAAGUUUCUAGCUUACAAGGGAGUUCAAGUUAUAGUGGAGUCUAGGAAAGGUGUUAAAAUAGAACCGAAUAGUAAACCACAUACUUCGGAUUCCGAUUGGUUUAAUCUACAAAUACCGGAUUCACCGGAAGUCAAUCAAGCUACCAAAAAUGCUUUACCCUCAGACAGAAUAUUAGAGACUAUAAGAUGUCAAUUGCACGUAGAAAUUUCGGUACAAACAGAAGAUGGGGAUGAAAUGGUUCUUGAACUAUGGACCCUAAAAUUGGAUGACGCUCAGUUUGAUACGUCUCUAAAGGCAAUGAACACGGUAUACUUCAGAAUGGGAAUUCUACUGAAGUCUCUCAUAACAAUCACGAGAAUAACACCAGCAUAUCACCUAUCAAGGAAACAAAGAACUGAAUCUUUCACUAUAUUCUACAGAGUAUACAAUGGUGAACCAAAAUUGAAGACUUUAGGAGAUUCUGUGAAGAAUAUACAGGCUGGUAUAUUAAAAACUCCUUUGGGAGGUUUAUGUUUCACUGUAUCAUACCGAACAAACUUUUCCAUAUCACCAAAUCAGUCUAAAACAGAUAAAACACUGUUGCUCAAAAGCGAUCAUUUCGAACUAAGCCCAAAACACGUUAUAUUCGAAUCAAAGAAGAAGAAGGAAAAAGAACCAAGAUCAUCUUCACCAAUAGAUCUGAAUAAACCAUUACGACAAGCAGCUUUUGUUGAUGAAGUCGCGAUUAGUAAGGUCAUAAAGGAAUUCUUAGAGAAAUUACCUCUACCAGCAUGCAGAAUGGCCCAAAGUAAAGCACCAGAAGAAAAAACUAACGAUAGCAAAAGCACACAAAAUCUAGACAUAGUUUCAGAAAGUCCCAUAUCAGUUGAGAUGCCGCCAAAGAAAUUUUCAGGAUUCCGCAACGAGAACGAACCUCCGCUAAAACUAUUACACUUCCCAUUCGCUGAUGAUCAUCCAAUACGCGAAUUGGCUGAAUUCUACAAGGAUUUCUUCAACGCACCGCAUUUAAAGCUAUCCGAUGAACAUAAAACGUGCAAUGAGAACAAGGAACUCGAAAUGAGCACUGAUGAUUUGUCCAAAGAUCUAUUAUUACAUGAAAAUUCUGUUCGAGAAUUCGAUGAAUUACUAGCAGAUAUGUGUCGCUCCGCCGAAUGGAACAAUAAUUAA